AUGGCUACCGCAACAGCAGAUUUUGGCAUCGAUGUAUUCGCCAAAUACAAGCCAAUAUCAUUGGACCCCACAAACGCAAAACUUUCGGAUCAGCAGAAAGAGGAUCUCUUGUCCAAUAUAUCUCUACUCAGAGAUACCAUUGUCUACUUCACAUCAUCGGGAGCCGCGAGAGGGGUCAGCGGUCACACCGGAGGUCCAUAUGAUACAAUCCCAGAACUAUGUAUCCUCGAGGCUUUCUUCCUCCACUCCUCCGAGAAAUUCUUACCUAUUGUCUACGAUGAAUCUGGUCAUCGAGUUGCCACACAGUAUCUACGAGCUGCUCUACACAAGCAUCUUCCUUUUGAACAUCUGCUUCAUUACCGAGAAGCAAACUCGAAGCUACCUGGACAUCCGGAACUUGGUUUGACACCUGGUAUUCAAUUCAGUUCAGGACGCCUUGGUCAUAUCUGGUCAUUUGUCAAUGGAGUUUGUAUGGCUAAUCCUGACAAGACGGUCUUCAUGUUGGGUUCGGAUGGCUCUCAACAGGAGGGGGAUGAUGCUGAAGCUGCUCGCUUAGCCGUUGCCCAGAACCUGAAUGUGAAGAUUUUGAUCGAUGAUAACGAUGUUACAAUUGCUGGUCACCCAUCAGAUUAUCUGAAAGGAUAUUCUUUGGCAUCAACAUUGGGUGGCCAUGGUAUGAAGGUGUUCGAGACAUCCGGUGAAGAUAUCGACCAGCUCUAUGCCGCAAUUUGUGGUGCAGUCUCGCACAAUGGACCAGCAGCUGUCAUUGCCAAAAGAAAGAUGGCACCAGGAAUCAAAGGCCUCGAGGGAACCACCCACGCACACGAUGUCAUCCCCGUCAAAAUUGCAGUCGAAUACCUGGAAGAACGGGGCUACACCCAAGCCGCCGAAAAGAUCAAAGCAAUCACCCCCAACUCUCUCGCUUACCUCUACGAAGGCUCAACGACUGAAAAGUCAGCCAACAGAGUCAUCUUCGGUGAAGCCGUCGUGAGCGUUCUCGAAGGUCUCUCAAAAGAAGAAGCCAAACGCCGCGUUAUGGUAAUCGACUCCGAUCUCGAAGGCUCAACCGGUCUCAGCGUCAUCCACCAAAAGCGCCCCGAAGUCUUCGUCUCCUCCGGCAUCAUGGAACGCGGUAACUUCUCCGCCGCAGCAGGAUUUGGCUCGACCAAAGACAAAGUCGGGAUCUUCUCUACCUUCUCCGCUUUCUGCGAGAUGAUCAUCUCGGAAAUCACGAUGGCGAGGUUGAAUUUCGCGAAUGUGCUAUGUCAUUUCUCGCACUCGGGCGUUGACGAGAUGGCGGAUAAUACGUGUCAUUUCGGUAUUAACACUUUCUUCGCCGAUAAUGCGUUGAUUGAUGGGGAUGUCACAAGAUUGUAUUUCCCGGCUGAUGCCACGCAGAUGAGGGCGUGUGUUGCGAAGGUGUUUUGGGAUCAGGGGAUCCGCUUGGUUCUGUCUACGCGUGCGAAGGUUCCGUUGAUUCUGAAGGAGAGGUCUCAAGAGCCGUUUUAUGCCGAUGGAUAUGAGUUUGAGCCUUGUAAAGAUGAGUUUAUCCGUGUUGGUACGGCGGGUUACGUCGUUGCGUUUGGCGAGAUGGUAUAUCGUGCCAUCGACGCCGUCGAUAGACUUCGUGGCGAGGGCGUUGAUGUCGGUCUCAUCAACAAAUCAACACUAAACGUAGUCGACGAGGAUGCGAUCAGGAAAUACGGGUCUACGCCGUUCGUGCUGGUAGUGGAGUCGUUGAAUCAGAAGACGGGGUUGGGCUCGAAGAUGGGAACGUGGUUGUUGGAACGACAGUUGCAUCCGAAGUAUAAGUAUAUUGGGACUACGAAGGAGGGAUGUGGGGGGUUGGGAGAGCAGAUUUUUCAUCAGGGGUUGGAUCCGCAGAGUGUUGUUAAGGCUAUUAGGAGUUUGCAGUAG